ACCUACUGAUCUAUAACUUAUAUUAAUGAAGCCAUAAAUGAAUGGGCUGAACGGUGUUGACUUUUGAGCUGAUUUGAACAAAACCUAUCUCUAUUAUAAAAGUACAUCCAUCCGUCUACUUAUUUCGUUGAUUGUAUAUAUUGAUAAAAACAUGUUGAUAGUCUAGCUAUACUUUUGACGUAUCCUUUUCAAAAAACCUAACAAAACCAAAAAUAUUUACACAUAGAGGAAUUAUUUCUACAUUGAAAUCCAAAAUCUUAUUUCCGUGUAGAAUGUUGCACUCUAGGCCAGCUUGGUUGCAAAAGGCGGUAAAAGGUGUGCUGUUGGAUAUCACAGGGGUGUUAUAUAACAGCGGACAUGGUUUAGGUGAAGCCAUCCCUGGUUCUAUUAGAGCUGUGGAGAGGUUGAAGGCAUCAGGUGUUCCUGUGAUGUUUUGUACAAAUGAGACCCAAUGUACUCGAGACAAACUGGUAUCAAAAUUAAACAAACUUGGCUUCAGUUUGACACUAAAUGAUGUUCAUUCCCCAGCACCAUUGGCUAUUGCCUACAUCAAGAAACACAAACUCAGACCUUAUUUAUUGGUCCACAAGGAAGCAUUAGGUGAUUAUACAGAGGUUGAGAAAUCAGACCCGCAUUGUGUCCUGGUUGGCGAUGCAACAGACGAGUUUAACUAUGAAAAUAUGAAUCGAGCAUUUAGGGUUCUGUUGGAGUCGAAAAAUCCAACUAUUAUAGCUUUAGGAACUGGACGAUAUUACAAAGAUAGUGGUGAACUAGUUCUGGACAAUGGCCCAUUCAUAAAAGCGUUAGAGUAUGCCUGCGAUGUAGAAACCAUCGUUCUUGGUAAACCAGCCACGUUAUAUUUUUGCGGUGCUGUUGAAAAACUUGGUGUCCCAGAAGAAAACGUCGUUAUGAUAGGAGAUGACUUGAUAGGUGAUGUUGGCGGGGCGCAGUCAUGUGGAAUUAGAGGUGUCCAAGUGAAAACUGGAAAGUACAGGCCACAAGACGAAGAUCACGUCACGAUAAAACCGGACGGUCGAGUGUCGGAUUUAGCCGAAGCUGUGGAACUCAUUUUACAAUUCAAAGAUCAGGCAACAUAACUGCGUUCAUCGCUAACGAUAAAUUUUAAGUAAAAGUAUUUAAAUAUAACGUUGAAUUGUCGCGUUGUCACGGAUAAGUCGUAGAUGAAAGUAUGCAAGAAAAAGUCAUUGAAUUUAUUAAUAAUGUAUAAAUUUCACAAAUCUUUAAUCAUCCGAAAGCUAUGAUAAAUAGAUUCCCCACAUCAUGACUUGGACUGACUUUAUACAAUCCGUUAAACAUGCGUAAUCACGGCGCCUUGCAAAAACUCUCGUCGCAAACCAUUUUUUUACCGUAAGAAAAUUUUCACAAACGCUAUACGUAAAACUUUAGAACUAAUAUACUAAAAAUAAAAUACGAA